AUGGAUGAUUUGCUCUCAGUUGCACUUGCUGAAUCUGGAUUAGAUGAAUAUUUAUCAGAGCCAAAUUCACCAUUCCCAGAAUCGCAAGAUGGUAAAAAUUCUCCAAAUUUUUCCAUCAUAAACAAUGGGGUAAAAAGUAAUACUAAUGAAAUUGUAUUUAAUUCAAAUAACUCAAAUAAUUACGUGUAUUCAAAGGAACAUGAAAAUAUUUCAUCAGUAGAUAACAGUUUAAAUGAUAAUAUUCCUUCAACUGUUAUAUGUGAAUCAGACUUGGAAAAUCUUGAUUUGUUUCUUAAACCAAUUGAGGGUGGUACUUUUUUAGAACAAAUGCGAGCUUCAAAUAGUCCUGUUGAACCAAGCACAAAUCUGACACCGGAUGAUUCAGGAAAUUCUGAUGUUAUAUUAAAUGAACUAUUUGAUGAUGAUUUAUCUAAUAAAUCUUUACCAAAAGAACCGAGUAAUAUUCCUGCCAAUAGUACGGAUAAAAUAACUAAUUUAAAAUCUUUACCAGAACCAGUGAUUAUUGAGCCAUCUAAAAUAACUGAAAGCAAGGAUUCUAAUUCUUUAAAUGUUGUUCGAGUUAAAAAUCCUAUAAGAAUAAUUAAAAAAGAAUCAAUUCUAAGUCCUGAAUCGACAGAUGAUUCUUUACCGCCAAAAUUAGUACCUUUAAGGAAAAUUUAUUCUUCUAGUAAUAUGAAUGUUGGUUCUUUAAAUUAUCAAGAUAAAGCACCUCGUCCAAUUCCUCGUAUAGAAUCAAUAAGGCCUAUUCAUGAACGACAAACUCAACCAAUGACUGUUACACCAGUUCCAUCGAGAAAUUUUGCAUACCAACGAAUUCCGGUUAAUAGGAUACCUAGAACAACAGAUCAAGUACGAGUAGGAAAUGGACCUCAAAAUAUUGUUCCUCCAAGAGUUAUGAAUUCACAACGAUUGCAAAUUAGUAAAAAUUCUAUUCUCGGUAGAAAAACAUUUAGAGAUAAUAGUGGGAAAAUUUAUAUUGUAAAAGAAAAUAUUUCAAUGGGACAAAAUAAUUAUCCGAGACCUAUACAAUUAAUUAAAAAAGCAAAAAUUAAUAAUCAUGAUGAAGCACCUAAACUAAUACCACAAGUUUCGACUAUGAGGAAAAUUAGUAUACCCGGUAAUCAUCAAAGCGGAGCAUCUUCAGCACCUUUGUCCCCCGUACAAAUGGGUUUAUCUCGUACUAAUGGAAUAUUUCAACAGUCCAAAGUGCCCAUUAAUCGAGUUGGAGGAAAUCCAAAUGGCAAUAAUUCUUUUACCGUUUAUACAAAUUUUAAUGGAGCAAAGAAAAUAAUUUAUCCUCAUGCAAGGCUUCAACAUAAUGUAAUUGUAAGGCCACCUGUAUUAACUGAAAUUCAAAAAAUGAAAGCCAACUUAAAAUUAGCUAAUACAAAAGAAGAAAUGAAAAAUGCACUAAAAAUGGGUGCAGUCAAGGCUAAAGAAACUGUUUUUGAGGAAGAAGAUGAAUCUUUAGGUCAUGCAGAAACAUAUUCAGAAUAUAAGCCUGCUAAACUCAGGAGUGGUAAUCCUCAUCCAGAUUGUGUUGUUGAAACAUCGUCUCUUAGUAGUGUUUCUCCACCAGAAAUUAGAUAUCAUGUAGAGAUUCCAGAAAUAAAUAUUGAUGAAGGAAGAAUUUCUGCAUUACAAUUAGAAGUUGUUAUUUAUGCAUGUCAAAUGCAUAUGAAUAAAUUUCCAAAUGGUGAGAGAGCUGGUUACCUUAUAGGUGAUGGUGCUGGUGUAGGAAAAGGUAGAACAAUCGCUAGUAUUAUUUAUGAAAAUUAUUUACGUGGUAGGAAGAAAGCUUUGUGGCUUUCAGUGUCUAGUGAUUUACGUUGGGAUACCGAAAGAGAUCUUCGUGAUAUUGGUGCUACAGAUAUUCCUGUUGUUCCACUUAACAAAUUAAGAUACGCCAAAAUUAAUGGUCCUGAAAAUAAUAAUUUUAAAAAAGGUGUUAUAUUUGCUACAUAUUCUUCUUUAAUAGGAGAAUGUAGAACAGCAAAAAGUAAAUAUCGUACAAGAUUAAAGCAAUUACUUCAAUGGUUUGGACCUGAUUUUGAUGGUCUUAUUGUUUUUGAUGAAUGUCAUAAAGCGAAGAAUUUAUGCCCUACAGCAGGAUCGAAACCAACAAAAACAGGUAAAGUUGUUAUGGAACUUCAAAAACAACUACCUAAUGCAAGAAUUGUGUAUGCUUCAGCUACAGGUGCCACUGAACCAAAAAAUAUGGCAUAUAUGACUAGGCUUGGUCUUUGGGGUAAGGGUCAGAGUUUUCCUGAAUUUAAUGAUUUUAUCAAUGCUGUUGAGAAAAGAGGUGUUGGUGCUAUGGAACUUGUAGCAAUGGAUAUGAAACAACGUGGUUUAUAUCUUGCAAGGCAACUUUCUUUUCGUGGUGUUACAUUUCGUGUUGAAGAAGUUGCUUUAUCUAAUGAUUUUAUUUAUGCAUAUGAUGAAAGUGUUAAAGUAUGGUUGGAUGUCCGUCGAUAUUUUCAAAAAGCACUUUCUGUUCUUAGUGAUGAUGAAAGAGUAUCGCAAAAAUUAGUGUGGGGACAAUUUUGGGCAGCACAUCAAAGGUUUUUCAAAUAUCUUUGUAUUGCUGCAAAAGUACAAGCUUGUGUUAAUAUUGCAAAAGAAGCUUUAAAAAAUAACAAAUGUGUUGUUAUUGGACUUCAAAGUACCGGUGAGGCAAGAACACUUGAACAAUUAGAGGAGAAUGGCGGAGAAUUGACGGAAUUUGUCUCCACAGCAAAAGCUGUUAUUCAAGGGUUAAUUGAAAAACAUUUCCCCACACAAGAUAUUUCAUUUACUGGAAAAUAUGAUAUAUUUUCAGAUUUUGAUAAAAUGUUAGGAUCAGGGAACAAAUCUAAAAAAAAUAACAAAAGAAAGAAAAACCCUAUUGAUGAUUUUUUUAAUGAUUUUGAUAAUGAAGAUAAUACUAAAAAUAAAAAUACUGCCAAACGAAAAAGACUAGAAAGUGAGCAUAAUGAAACAUCAGAAGAUGAAAGUGAAUCAGAUAGAAGUUCUAUUGUUAGUGAUUUGGAUAUUGGAGGUGACCAUGAAGCAUGGAAAAAAUUGUUAUUAGCUGAAGCUGAAACGUCAGAUGACGAAGCAUCUGAUAUUAGUGAUAAUGAUAGUGAAAGUAAUAGUGAUACUGAUGACAGUAGUGCCAAUAAUAAUGAAGGUAGUGAUAGUGAAACAGAUGAACCCGAAAAAGAGGAUGAUGCAUUUAAUCCAUUUCUUCACGAUUUCUCUGCUAAUGAUCCUUGGGCUGAUAAACAGAAAGUUAUUGAAGAAAAUCAGGCUAAAUUAUCAAAGGCUGAAGAAAAAGAAAAGAGGCGUUUAAAUAAAAAAAAAGAAAAAGAACGUGAAAAGAAAAAAAAAGAAAAACGACGUAAAGAUAAGCAAAAAAGAUUAGAUAAGAUUGCUGAUAUUGUUAGAAGGAAAGAGGAAAUGGCUUCUGAUGCUAUGAAAGGAUCUGCCGAAGCUUUUAUUCAAUCUUCGAAAAUUAUUGAUGAUGAUGAUAUCGAAGUCACCGCUAACAAUUUAGGUAUGAUAAAAACAGAGUUACUUGCUGCUGUUGAAAGACUAGGAUCUAAGUUACCACCAAAUACUUUAGAUCAGUUGAUAGAUGAACUUGGUGGUCCAGAAUUUGUAGCUGAAAUGACGGGAAGAAAAGGAAGAGUUGUUACAAAAGAAAAUGGUGAAAUUGAAUAUCAACAGAGACAUGUAGGCACAGAUGCUACUGUUGAAUUAAUGAAUGUAGAGGAGAAGCAUAAAUUUAUGAAAGGUGAAAAAUUAAUUGCUAUCAUUUCUGAGGCUGCAUCUUCCGGUAUUUCACUUCAAGCUGAUAGGAGGGCAGAAAAUACAAGAAGGAGAGUUCAUAUUACUAUGGAACUUCCAUGGUCUGCUGAUAAAGCUAUUCAACAGUUUGGUAGAACUCACAGAAGUAACCAAGUUAGUGCACCAGAGUAUCUCUUUCUCAUAUCAGAAUUAGCAGGAGAGAAACGAUUUGCUUCAAUUGUUGCUAAACGGCUUGAAUCUUUGGGUGCUUUGACUCAUGGUGAUCGACGAGCUACUGAAAGUAGAGAUUUAUCACAGUUUAACCUUGAUAAUAAAUACGGUAGAGCUGCACUUGAAGUUUGUUUAAAAUCAAUUGUUGGAGUAAUUAAUCCACCUUUUAUGAAUCCACCUGAAAAUUACAAACCAGGAAAUUUUUUUUCGGAUAUGCGACAGUAUCUUGAAGGUGUUGGUAUUCUUAGUGUUAGUAAAUUGGGACAAUAUUCAGUUGAACGAGAUGGAAAUUCCAUUGCAAAGUUUUUAAAUAGACUUUUAGGAUUACCUGUUCAUGCACAAAAUGCUCUUUUUGAAUAUUUUACACUUAUUUUAGAAGAGUUAAUUAGACAAGCUAAGUAUGAUGGAACAUAUGAUAUGGGUAUCAUGGAUAUUGGAACAGGUGAAAAUAAAGUCCAACGCUUAGAAACUCGUAUUUUUACCGGAAAAUUAAAUUACAAUACAUUUAGAGUAGAGAUGCAUAAGAUUGGUGUUGAAAGGGGAAUGAGUUGGGAAGAAGCGUUAAGUGUUCGUAAAGUACAUACAAAUGAAAACGAUGGCUUCUAUAUUUCUCCACUUGGUGCAUUAGGUAAACAACAAAUUGUAUUACUAUGUGAAAUUGGUGGAAAGAAAGGUUAUGAAAAUGAUGAACAUCUUUUUUCAAUAACAAAACCACAAUCAGGUCGUAUUCAUAAAUUAGAAAGAUUUUCUGAAUUAACAAAAAGAUUUAAAAAAAUAUCUAAUGAUGAAGCAGAAGUAAUUUGGAAAAAUUCGUAUACUAGUUCUGCUACACAUUGUCAACAUAAAUACUUUCAUGGUAAAUGUAAAACAGAAGAAGCUGGAACAUAUUGUGAGGUUGGAAGGAGGACUAGAACAUUUUUUGUUUUAUCAGGCAGCGUUCUUUCUGUUUGGCCAAUUAUUGAAGAAGUUUUAAGUUGUUCUAAUCCAAAUAAUUCAUCUAAUUUAAAUAAAAUUUUAAAAUCUUGA